GAGAGAAUUAGUAGUAAGGAACCUCAACAGAACACUGGAGAGCCGAGAGAGUGAGAUAGACCUGCUCGAGAAAGAUUUGUUUGAGUGCCGCGAGAUAAUAUAUAACCAAAUGGAGACAGCGAAAUCUCAGGAUACCAAAGAGAAGAACAUGUCAGCAGAAUUAACAACACUGAAGGGCGAGUGUGACCGACUUAAGGACUGUUGUGCUAACCUCAGGGCGAAAGAACAAGAAACAAGAGCAAUAUUGAAGAGUACUCAGGAAGAGCUUACUGGUACCCAGGAUUAUGCCUCUAAAGUAAUGAAGAAGCAGGGUACUGAGAUAGCCGACUGCUCUUCCGCCAUAGAUGAGCUUCUUGAGAACAUGAUGGGGGUAUUAGCAAACCUGAGCAGGAGGGCUGGAAUAGAGAACAAGGAUGUUGAGAACAGUAAAGUGGUUAUUGAUGGUUUUACUUUGAACAAAGAGCCGUUGAAAGACAAUACGAAUAUUUCAAUCUCCUUGGUUUCUCAGAUUCUAAAUGCAGCAAACAGUCUUGGAGAAAAUAUUGAAGAUGCCACUAGGAGCAAUGAAGAUCAAGAACAACAGACUGGUUGUGAAAAUAAUGAAAAAACUAAUAAACCUCCUCCGAAUCCUGUAGAUGCUCUUUCAUGUGAACAGGGAGUGGUAGACAGUCCAGGUGCUCUGAGUAGAAAGAAGCUUGGCUUUUCAGGAAAUAGUGCUUUUGCUCCAGUUAAGAAAUCUGUUACAUUAAAAACUGCACAGUCAGUAGAAAACGAUGUGACCAGUUGUCAUUCUAGAAGAAGUGCUGGAAACUCUUUGUCAUCAACUGAACCAGUACAUAAGAGUGUCUGUCAUGCGGUAUCCAAUAAGGUCGAGUCAAAAUUUGAAAGUGUGUGCCAUCCUAGUGAAGAGGGAGAGUUGUCCAAUCAGAUGAGCCGUGUAGCGAUGCUAUUCACAGAAAUUGUCAGAGUGGCUCAUUUGAUAGAAAAAGCAUUAAAGUCUUCACUGAAUGAUGUCACUUUUGAAAACGAGGAUUUAAGUAGUCGUGUGAGUCAGUGCGAGUACUCGGAGCGACGUCUUCAAGCCGAGCUUCAGGUGACUCAGACAGAGCUAGAGAAGAGUAACAAAAUGGUUGACCAGCUUAAUGGUAAACUACGGGAGUUGAGUGACAAGUUUGAGUCGAUGCUCGACCAGGAAGGUGAAAUGAAGCUUGUUCAGGAAGAGAUCGGCAGACUAAGAGGGAAAAAUCAAGGUUUGAAAGCGGAGAACGAGCUUUUGAACGAACAAAUUACAGAACUGCUGGAGAAACUGGAGACUGCCGCUACUCCAGGUAGUGAUGGGAGAUCAGCUGUAGAUGUAGAAUCACAAAGACAAGUUAUAGCACUAAAAAAGAAGGUGGAGAAAUAUCGAGCAUUGCUGAAUGAAAAAGAUACUAUGGUGGAGCAGAUGAGCGCUAAAGCUGUAAAACGAAUACAAAAACUAGAAAGUAACUGGAAAAAAGCUGAUGCUGAAGUUUGUAAAUUUGAUGAGUUGGUGGACACAGUACGCUCUGUUUUAGUUGAUAACAAAACUGUACAAGGGGAUGAACAAUUACUUAAGUUGAUUGACCUGAUAGAUGGGAAUGAGCAAGUGGCAGCAUUUGAUACUGAGAGAAGACAGACCAGUCUUAAACCGGUUAAAACUGCAUGAUUGUGAACGUAAACCGGUUAAAAUGCAUGAUUGUGAAAUAUAUUUUUUUCACAUUUUGUGAUGUGCAUGUGUGUGUCCAAAUUAUGUUUAAUAUGUGUUUAGUGCUAUAUUCGAUGUGUUUGGUUCUGAAAUGAAAUAUAAAGAGAAUCUUAAACAUUGAACCAAAAGGCAUGAUGCAAAAUAGAGACAACUGAAAAACAUUGUAGAUAAAAAUGAAAUAUUUAUGUUGACUGAUAUAUAUGUUAUAUGAUUGACUAAAUGUGUUCAUAUUGUAACUUAGAUUGUUAAUUGCCAUGGCAACAUGAUACAAUUUUUUAAUUUGUUUUAUUGUAAUUUAGAGUUACUGUAUACUGCUAGUUUGUAGUUGUCUAGGUGACUGAUCUUAGCAUUUUAAGGAUUUUGCAACGAUAUAUCUUGUGACAAAAUUGGUCAAUCUAUUUCACCAGUAUGAAGUCAUGUUAUCCUACAUAUCUGUCCUGUCUUACCAGACUCUAUACUGGUGGAUGUUUGAUUUUAGCUCGUUGAUCUGAAGCCCCUUACAAAUAACAGGGAACAGUGCAAGAGUCAAAGCUGAACAAGUGAAAUAUAAAACAGUUAACACUUCAAUUAAAAAGUUAUAGUAAGUCAACAGUAUAGAGCCUACUUAUACUGCAUGAAUGUACAGGCUGACCUGGCACUAUACUGGUGGCAAAGACUAAUCACUUUCAGUUCCAGCAGGGUUAGGUAAGGGGGGUUAAAACCUGAUGACAAGCUCUUGAUGACAAGUUUUUGAUGACUGUUCAUGGUUGUUAUUUUAUGUAUUCGUUAUAGAAAUAUGUGACUAGAACAGAAAAUAUUUCAUUUUAGACUUAUUCAAAGGUGCAUUAUUUUAUUAACAUUACAAUAACUGUAAAUGUAAAUAUAGUCGUACAAAGAUAUGCAUAUAGGUUAAACAAUGCUGUUUACAUUAACGUUUUGGUUAUAUAAGUGUUAUAACAAAGAUAAUGAGAGGAAAUAUGUAUAUUUUUGUUUGUUUCUUUCUUUCAUUUUACGCCUAUUCCCAACAGUGUUUCAGUCAUAUAGGCGGGUAGUUUCCUAACCAUCGUUCGAUCGGAGAGUUACACCAGUACUAGACUACCUUCCUCCGCGCUAAACUACCAAAGCAUCUCCCGGGGAUUGAACCCACGCCAGAGAGGUAACUGGAUUAGAAAGAUUUGUUUAAAGCAAAUUGGAAUCUCCAAAAGUAUUGAAGUGUAUGGAUUGAAACUUCACACACUUUUUUGAGAGCAUAAUUGGGAAGUCACUCUCUAAAGCUCAUAACUCUUACAUGGAUUUUGACAGAAUUAUGGCCUAUUUUGAACUUAGAUUUUUUUUACAUUAUUCUUGUUUUACUAUCAAGCACUAAGAAUAUAGUCUAGAAUGUUCUUCUGUGACUCCACUUGACUGAAAAUAUAAUAGCUUAUAAUACAAAGUUUUUUGUAGAGAUGUUUAUGCCUUAUAUCUACAAGUUAGGUAUAUAUAUGUAUAAAAAAUAAAAUAAUGUCAGUUAUAUUUUAGUACAAUUUUCCUUGUUCCGUCACUUUUUUAUCAUAUAUAAUGCAUGUUACCUUUAUGUAAUAUUAACGUUUUGUAUUUCUGUAUGUGACUUGUUGUAAUAUAGAAUUUACAUAAUGCAGACAAAUCUGAUAGAAAAUGUGUUAAAGAUAAUAAUUAAUAUUUAUUAUUAAUAUGGAGAAAGAGAUGACUUAGUGGUAAAGAUGUCAUCCUCUCAACUCAGGGAUAGUAGGUUCGAGCCCUUCUUGGGUCAUGACUGGAGUUUCCUCAAAUCACACAAGUCCUGGUUAGAAUCAAGAAGUGGAUACAAGAGUGACUUAAAUAAGUUUCAAGCUUCAUAACAAUUGAGCUGAAAUAAACACAUUCUUCAAGCUAUCAUUAAGUAUUUUUUUCAUGUGGAUUGGUCUGUUUUUACCGUAAGACCAUUAAUGCUUUAAUAUUAAGUAUCAAAAUCAAAGCGAACAAUUAAAUGUUUUGCAAUGAUAAAUUCUUGGUUAGUGGUGAUUUUCUAUGGGUUGGUUGCAGUGUGGGAUAUAAGGAAUAUUUUAUUUGUAGACCGUGUUGGUCUAAACAUUAUUUGGGAAUAGCGGAAAGAAAUAAUAUGGAAGCUAUCAUCAUUUCAAUUUGCUUAGUUUUAAUCAUUCACAUUUUUGUAUUGAAUUGAAAGUUAGUAGAUAAGUAGAUAUUUCAAUACGAAUUUUCUGAUCUAUUAUCUUGUAUAUUAAUAUAAACAUGUACAAUUAUCUAAUUACUUUAGUUUCUAUUGUUGUUUUUUUCUCAAUAUUGAAACUUUUUUGUUACAAGUUACAAUGUAACAUGAAAUGAGCCACGUCAUGACAAAACCAACAUAAUGGGUUUGCAUCCGUGCAGUCUGAUCAGGAUCCAUGCUUUUCGCUAUCAGUUUCUCUACUUGUUAUAGGGCUUGUAAGCGAACAGCAUGGAUCCUGAUCAGACUGCGCGGAUGUGCAGGCUGGUCUGGAUCCAUGCUGGUCGCAAAACCCAUUAUGUUGGUUUUGUCAUGACACGGCUCAAAUGAUGUUUGUAAUGUAAAAAUUGCAAAUAAGAACUUAAAAAGUAUAUUAUGGCUAAUGAAAUAUAGCAGAGGGGUGGUCAAGUUGUUCAAAUGGACUAUCUAACCAAUGCGUAAUGACCUUGUUUUCAGACCUCACACCAUUUCUAGUUAGCUCUAGACUAUUAUUAUAAGUUUAAAGAAUUUAUGUCACAAUCAAGCUUAGAUAAAUAUUGUUAUGUUACAACUAGAAGACCACAAACAAGCUUUAUGUAACAUUGGCAUACAAUAUUUGAGAAAAAAUAGCAAACUCAAAAUGGUGGCAGAUUUUUUCAUAUUUACAUUAUUUAGGUUUUAUUUCACAGCAGUAUACUCGCAUGUUUAACAGAAACUGUUUCUCUAGUAAUUAUUUGUAUGAUGUUGGAUAUUUACCAGUGUCAACAAUAAAUUAAUCUCCAUAAAAAAUAACUGUGUUGUUUUAUAUAUAAAUCUCACACUUAUUAACUU